GGCGUAUUUCACCACAUCUCAAAAUAAAUUUUGACAUUUUUGACGCGAUGGAAAAUGAAACUUGUAUCCAAUUGCCAGUCUUUGUUUAAUGUCGGAGUGGUGGAGUUGCCUUUGAAAUAGUGGUUUUUGUUAGUGUCCAAGAUAAGGAAGUAAAACAAAAAAGGAAUAUUGUGCCGGGAAGCAUCCGCCCCUAUUCUAAAUUGAAGGAACACAAAAUUCAUGUUGCAUGACAUCAGAACAAUUCUCAUUGGAAAUUGUGUUAAAAAUUUUGAGUGAAAAUUUAAUAUAAACCCACAACAGUGAAAACAAUAACUUAAAAAGUUUAUCUUUACAAAAUAUACAAAAAUAAAACAACAAAACAUGAUUUUUUGUGAAGUGACACCAUAUAACGAAAAGCAGUGGUAAAUCUUCUCUCAAGGAGUGUUAAAUCACAUCUCAAGCAGUGUCAUCAUUCUGGCCAGUAUUCUUCUUAGCCCUUUAUUAUUCCAUCCUAAUUCCAAGGCUUUGGUAAUUACAUCACUCUGAAACGCCAUAUGUUUUGUAGCUUACAGUUUUUGUCGUGCAGUCAAUAGCAGUCAUCUCUUUAGUAACGCUAAAAUACGCUCAAAGCGAGCUAACCACGCAGGCUUAUCCGAAGGCACCAAGAAAUCGCUUGAUAUAAAUAUAUACUUACUUAAUUGCUCUUAUUAACGCUAAAUUUUGGAUCUAUUCAACGAACUUAAAGCGCAACUAUCAAGUUGCCCCGAGAAGACUCGUGCACUCUGCCGCACUGUCCAGACGACAGUGUGGGGUGCCGUUGUAUCCUCUUUAAACGGAGCUCUUGGCGGCGGUGUCGGUGUUGCAGUCACAUCAUCAGCGGAUAGCAGUGGCGGCGCCGGAGCAUCCGGACCAGGACCCGGUGGCGGUGCGAGCGUCAGCCGCUUAGCAUCUAUAAUGGGCGCCGUUAGCUCACGUAACAUCUCCACCACUGAUGUGCUGGUAGAGGAAGAAGGCGGUGCUGGUGCGGGACAUGGUAGUAGUCAUGACCAUGGCAACGGAAAUUAUUCAAUUACACACAAGAAUGGAAUAACCACAGCAACUGGUGGCUUUCUUCAGAAACAAGAUUUACAUUAUGACAUCGGUUCAAGUUCUCAGUACCAACACGUACGUCAACCGAGUGUACGCAGUCGCAGUCAGCAACCGAUGCCCACGUCAGAUGAGCUUGACAGGCGAUUCGCAAAAGUUUUG